GUAUAUAUUUAGUUCUACCAUCUCAGAAAAGUUGAAUUUAUACGAUAAUAUUAAAUAAUUUUCUUAUUUUGGCAAUAGUAAAUAAAUAUUAUUUUAAAAUAAAAUAAAAAAUGUUAAGAUGAUACUUGGCGGGAAAGGUCUGUUACAAGUUACAUGUUAGUUAAUCGUUAUAAUAAUCUUUUGUAUUUAACUUUCACACUCUAAACAAGAAACACACUCUACUCUCUCUCUCUCUUUCUCUGUAAGUUCAACUCCAUUACAAGAAAGAUUGUGAAGCAAAAGAAGAAAAACAGAGGAAAUUAUAAUAAAGCCAAGAAAAUUCUAUUUUCGUUUCUUCUUCAAUUUCCAUCUCCAAUGGCAAUGGCCCUCUGUCUCUACCUCCCAACUCUCCUACUCUUCUUCCCAACCCUUCUCUCAGCUUCUUCUUCUUCUCCUUCCACUACAUUAUCACCGUCGCAAUCUCCACCAUCUCCUUCUCCACCGCCACCGCCGCCUUCUCCUUCACUCCCAUCCCCAUCUGAGUCAACCCCAACAUCUCCUCAAUCACCACAACAUUCAUCCCACCGGAGGAGACACCGAAGAUCCCGGCGAAGGCAACAACAACCUCCUUCAACAGCGGAGACGCCUCAGCAAUUCAACAACAUAAUCGAUGCCUUGAUUGGCUCCGGAGACUUCAGCAAUUGGGUCAAUGUCAUUUCAAACGCCGUUCUCCCUCUUAGCGCAACUCUCUUCGUCCCAGAAAAUGAAGCUGUAACUGCCCCGACGAUCGCCAGUCCCGGUCCAGAAGACCCAUUGAUUUUCCCUUACCAUGUGGUACCACAGAGGCUGUCUUUCGCCGAACUACUUCUCUUCCAGACCAACACGCGCCUUCCCACGCUCCUCCCUGGGAAGUCUAUCAUCAUCACCAACAACUCCCGGAUCAACUUCACCAUCGACGGCUCUCUGAUCACUCAGCCGGAUAUUUACUCCACCGGCAACAUUGCCGUUCACGGCGUUGGCUCUGUCUUUAAUUACUCGGUCUUCGGUGAUGGUUUAGACCUUCUGCCCAAAUCCUCGAACCCAGAGCCGAAUCAGUCGCAAGUUCGCCGGCCGCCAACGGUGGAUAACCCGAACGGAGAGACGUAUGGUUCGAGCUCGGACUCCGCGCCGCCGUGCCUGUGCAUUGAAUUACCGGUUGUUUUCUUAGUGUUCUGUGGGGUUUGGAUGUUCAAGAUUCAGAGAAAUGGCGGCCAUGGACGGUGAAGUGUUAGGGUUUUUUUGGUAUAGUUUGUUCUUGGGAUUCAAGAUUCAGAUACAUGUCUUUCUUGGACGUUCUUUUUUCUUGUUUUUUAAAAUCUUUUAUACUUAAAUUUUUUUCAUAAUGAAAUAAUUCAAUUUUUUUCUGGCUCA